CUUUAGCACCUCCAGGCAAACCAGAGCCUAAACAAUCCUCAACACACCUCUCGAAGACUCCAGCAUCCCCAGCCGGGGCGCCAAGCCAGCCAGCCAGCCUCGUCGCCACCUAGCCAGCCAUGGCUCCCAACCUCAGCAAGGCCACGCCGGACCUCCUCAGCGACGCGGCCGCCCCCGUCGACGGCCUCAAGGCGCCGUCGCGCUUCACGCUCAGGGGCAAGGACCUCGCCGUCGACGGCCACCCGUUCCUGCUCGACCUGCCGGCCAACAUCCGCCUCACCCCGGCGUCGACGAUGGUCCCCGCGGCCGCAUCCGCCGUCGGCGGCAGCUUCCUCGGCUUCGACGCACCUGCGGCCGAGAGCCGGCACGUGGUGCCCGUCGGCAGGCUCCGCGGCACCCGGUUCAUGAGCAUCUUCCGCUUCAAGGUGUGGUGGACCACCCACUGGGUCGGCGACAGCGGCCGCGACGUGGAGAACGAGACGCAGAUGAUGCUGCUCGACCGCUCAGCCGGCGGCCGGCCGUACGUGCUGCUGCUCCCCAUCGUUGAGGGCCCCUUCCGCGCCUGCCUCGAGUCCGGCAAGGCGGACGACUACGUGGACAUGGUGGUGGAGAGCGGGUCCUCGGCGGUGCGCGCCGCCGCGUUCCGGAGCUCCCUGUACCUGCACGCCGGCGACGACCCGUUCGAGCUCGUUCGUGAGGCCGUGCGCGUGGUCCGCGCCCACCUGGGCACGUUCCGGACCAUGGACGAGAAGUCCCCGCCGCCGAUCGUGGAUAAGUUCGGGUGGUGCACGUGGGACGCCUUCUACCUCAAGGUGCACCCGGAGGGCGUGUGGGAGGGCGUCCGCCGGCUCGCCGACGGCGGGUGCCCGCCGGGGAUGGUGCUCAUCGACGACGGCUGGCAGUCCAUCUGCCACGACGACGACGACCCGGCGUCGGGCGCCGAGGGCAUGAACCGCACCUCCGCCGGCGAGCAGAUGCCGUGCCGGCUCAUCAAGUUCCAGGAGAACCACAAGUUCAGAGAGUACAAGCAAGGCGGGAUGGGCGCGUUCGUGCGGGAGAUGAAGGCGGCGUUCCCGACCGUGGAGCAGGUGUACGUGUGGCACGCGCUCUGCGGGUACUGGGGCGGCCUUCGCCCCGGGACCUCCGGCCUGCCGCCGGCGAAGGUGGUGCCGCCCAGGCUCUCCCCGGGGCUGCAGCGCACCAUGGAGGACCUCGCCGUCGACAAGAUCGUCAACAACGGCGUCGGGCUCGUGGACCCCGACCGCGCGCACGAGCUCUACGAGGGUUUGCACUCGCACCUCGAGGCCUCCGGCAUCGACGGCGUCAAGGUCGACGUCAUUCACCUGCUUGAGAUGCUGUGCGAGGAGUACGGCGGGCGCGUGGAGCUUGCCAAGGCCUACUUCUCCGGGCUGACGGCGUCGGUGCGGCGCCACUUCGGCGGCAACGGCGUGAUCGCGAGCAUGGAGCACUGCAACGACUUCAUGCUGCUGGGCACGGAGGCGGUGGCGCUGGGCCGCGUCGGCGACGACUUCUGGUGCACGGACCCCUCCGGCGACCCCAACGGCACCUUCUGGCUGCAGGGCUGCCACAUGGUGCACUGCGCCUACAACUCGCUGUGGAUGGGCAACUUCAUCCACCCGGACUGGGACAUGUUCCAGUCCACCCACCCCUGCGCCGCCUUCCACGCCGCCUCCCGCGCCGUCUCCGGCGGGCCCAUCUACGUCAGCGACUCGGUGGGCCAGCACGACUUCGCGCUGCUCCGCCGCCUCGCGCUCCCCGACGGCACCAUCCUCCGGUGCGAGGGCUACGCGCUCCCGUCCCGCGACUGCCUCUUCGCCGACCCGCUCCACGACGGCCGCACCGUGCUCAAGAUCUGGAACGUGAACCGCUUCGCCGGCGUCGUCGGCGCAUUCAACUGCCAGGGCGGCGGGUGGAGCCCCGAGGCGCGCCGGAACAAGUGCUUCUCGGAGUGCUCUGUGCCCCUCGCGACGCGCGCCUCGCCGGCCGACGUCGAGUGGAGGAGCGGCAAGGGUCCCGGCGUCAGCGUCAAGGGCGUCUCGCAGUUCGCCGUGUACUUGGUCGAGGCCAGGAGGCUGGAGCUCCUGCGCCCCGACGAGGGCGUCGACCUCACCCUCGCGCCAUUCACCUACGAGCUCCUCGUCGUCGCCCCCGUGCGCGUCAUCUCGCCGGAGCGCGCCGUCAAGUUCGCGCCCAUCGGGCUCGCCAACAUGCUCAACACCGCCGGCGCCGUACAGGCCUUCGAGACCAAGAAAGACGCGAACGGCGUGAUCGCCGAGGUGGCCGUCAAGGGCGCCGGGGAGAUGGUGUCGUACUCGUCGGCGAGGCCCAGGCUCUGCAGGGUGAACGGCGAGGAGGCCGAGUUCGCGUACAAGGACGGCAUGGUCACCGUCGACGUGCCGUGGUCGGGGUCCUCGUCCAAGCUCUGUCGCGUCGAGUAUGUCUACUGAGCCGGGGCGAAACGACUCUGCCCCGGCACAUUUGCCUAUCAUCAGGCUGUAAUAAUCAAGUGUGAAGGGACUGAAGGGCAAAGUUUUAGAGCUCUUAACGGUUUCAUUUUUUUGUUCGAGUUUCCUUUUGUAUAAGAAUCCUAUAACGUGUGAAUUAAUGGAGUGCUUUCUUCUGAAA